GAACCACUACGCCCCCCUGUCAGCCUACCUCUUGCAAGGAAGACACCUGGUUUCUCCCAAGGCAUCCCUACUGCACUGAGCAGGGAUUCACCAUGUUGCUGCGCGUCAUCCUUAGCCAAGAUGACAUCCGGAGGAUCACCAUUGACAGCAUGCCAGAGACUGUUAUUGGCCUUCACUUGAUGCUAAAAAACAUGCUUGGACUGGAGGGUGACUUGGUGGUGCAGUUCCAAGAUCCAGAGUUCGAUAAUGAGCUUUGCAACUUGAGUUGCAUGUCAGAGCUGCCUAAGGACAAAGUCACUUUGAAGGUCUACAGCAAGAAUCUAGAAUCCCAUCAAACAGACUCAACCUUGGACACGGCAAGCCUAACCACAUCCUCUGAGGAAAGCCACAUCCCCCCUGCCAGUCGUCCUCGUCAGCUGCCACAGCCAUUUCAUAUUCCUACUUUUUAAUUUGAUGUGGAACUUAAGUUGAGGCACGGAAAUGAAGCCUUCCACAAAGAUGGAACCCUUCUUGACAUCUCCAAAGACACAAAAUCUGACAUUUUGGAUAAAAUAGCAGAAGCCAUCUAUGUCCACAACCCAUACCCAACACGUGAGGAAUAUGAUUUGGUGUCACAAGCUCUCGUCGAAAAACAUCCAUGUCUGAGGGAACCAGGGUCGGUCAAUGGUUGGUACUGUUGGAAAUUUAGUUUGAAGUUUAAAAUGGGUAAUUUCAGACAGAAGCUACGAUUGGCUGGAUGCCCAGAGCUCAAGAUAAACUCGCGCUCUCCAGGUACACCUGGGAAAGGAAAACUUAAGAGGGCCAGAAAAUCAGAAGUAAAUUUCCUGCCAGACCUCCCUGAGGGAAAAACACAACGUUCCCUCGAAGACGAAAGAACGGAGAUGGUCACCGAAAUGAAGAAGAGGAAAAUUUAUGGGCAGCAAAUAAAAGAAAUGAUGACCAGCACCUUUUCUUUACGGAGAAAACAAAUUGUGGAGGAUGAGCCACCUGUGGCCGACGUAAGAGCAAGAUGGCCAGCACUGUUCUCUGAACGUCAGAUUGAAGCAGAGUUUGCUCGCCUUACGUCUGUUGACCUGAAAGGCUCCCUCUUCGCUGGCCUGGACAAGUAUCUGCUGAGGUUUCUUGAGGUGUACAGAGCCAGGAGUGGGCUGGUGGAGCUGAACAGCCUUUUGAGUACUCUGGAUAAUGACAGUUCCAAUCAAAGGCAAAGGGCAGUUGUUUUGAUGGGGCUCCCCUACUAUCUAAAAGAUGUGGCCAAACUUUACAAGAAAGUACAGGUCACAGAUGCAGAGGAGGACUGGACAAAGGGGAUGGCAGUCGGUAUCCUUAUGGUGGAACAGAAUGAUCGGGUCAGUUUCGCAGUGGUCCUCGAGGAAGAAAUCAUCUUUCCAAGCAUAAGUGAUUUUCCAACUGCUGUGGCACUGCUAAUGGGUCUGCUCUUUGCCCUCAACAUAGACUACCCCAGAGACCUCAAGUACACUUUUGAGGUGAUUCAGAAGGUGCUAAUGGACAUUGGUGGAGGGCAAUGCUCUGCAUUAGUUCAUGGGUUAAAAAACCGACUUUUGAGAAAGAAAAAGUAA